AUGCGCUCCAAGAACUUCUUCCUGGGUGGCCGGUUCCGCACGUUCAACCUGGGCGCGUCUCACCGCACGCGGCCGCGGUUCGACUCGGUGGCGCCCGGGGGAGGGGGUGACGCCGCCCCCGGCCAGCCGGGCCGCCAGCCGCCGCUCAGCCUGGCUCAGCGGCUGAAGUUGGAGCGGGCCGGUCAGCCGGCCGCCCGGUUCCGCACGCGCUACGACCCCCGGCUCCUGGCCAAGUACGACGUGAAGGCGCUGGUGGGGCGCGGCACCUACAGCCGCGUGGUGCGAGCCGAGAGCCGCCUCACGCGCCGACCCGUCGCCAUCAAAAUGAUCGACGUCACUGCAGGGAAGAGCUCGGCCAGGGACACGUUUGACUCAGAGCUGCGCAUCCUGCGCAAACUGCGACACCCCAACAUCAUACAACUGGUGGAGGUGUUCGAGUCGCCCGAGAAGCUGUACCUGGUGCUCGAGCUGGCCACCGGCGGCGACCUGUUUGACCAGAUCCAGGCGCGCGGCGUGUUCUCCGAGAGGGACGGCGCGCGCGUGCUGCGCAUGGUGCUGGACGGCGUGCGCUACCUGCACGGCGUCGGCGUCACGCACCGCGACCUCAAACCCGACAACGUGCUCUACUACCACCCCGGCGCCGACUCCAAGGUGCUCAUCACGGACUUUGGCCUGGCGGCGGCGCGGCAACGGGACGAGGACAUCUACAUGUACACGCCGUGCGGUACGCCCGAGUACAUUGCGCCCGAGGUGGUCACCCGCCGGCCGUACACCUGCUCCGUGGACCUGUGGGCCGUCGGCGUCACCGCCUUCAUCAUGCUCAGCGGCACGUUCCCCUUCGAGAACAACAGUCGCCUCCGGCUCUACAAACUCAUCAUGAGAGCCAAGUUCAGCUUCGAGGGAGAGGCGUGGGCGAGUGUGUCGGAGGCGGCCAAGGGGUUCAUCUCGUCCCUGCUCGACCCGAACCCCGUAAGCCGACUGAGCGCUGAGCGCGCGCUGCGCGAGCCCUGGCUCACCCAGCAGAGCGUGGUGCCGCACAGCCACACCGCCUUCAAGUCGCGACACCGCAACAGGCCAGUUGCCAGUCCCCCGCAGCCGGGCGCGCGGGCGCCGCCGCGGGCGGCCCCAGCCGGAGCCGGGGCGGCGGGCGGGCCCCGCGCGGCGCCGCAGAGGGCCAGGCGCUCCGGCAAGAAGCGCAAGGUGAAGCCGCGCGAGCUGGACAAGCUGCAGUUUGACGCCGACGUGUUCCUCUACCAGUACGAGAUGAUGAGCCGGCAGGGGAAGGGAGCGCCGUCCCCCGGCGGCUGCUGAGAGGCCGUGCAGUGACGACUAUCGGCGAGAGCAGAGCCGACGGCCGCAAACGGCAGCGACAGCCACUCGGACGGUCUGAUGGGUGGUGAUGGUUCUACCCGAGCUAUGCGGGCCGUGUCAUAGCUGCGCGAUCGUAAAGCCAUGUUGAUGUUGAUUGUUCAACGCGCUGCAGUGUUUGUUCCGUGUUAGCCGAGCAUUUACAUGAUUUGCUCGAUAUGGAUAGCCGUUCGGUACCGUGUUAAUGAUGUGAAUAUUUGUACCUAUCAGGUGUGAAUUUCUGUGCGAGGUGCAUAACAAAAUGAUGAAUAAACAAUAAUACCUA